AUGUUGUCAAGAUCAAUUGUGAACUACUCAAAGCUUUCAAACUCUAUUAGAUACUUCCACUCAACAGCAUUGAAGGGAGAUGAUGUUGUCAUUGUCGCUGCCAAUCGUACCGCUAUCGGUUCGAUCGGAGGUGCUUUGUCAUCAAUCCCAGGCCCAAAGCUUCAGUCAAUCACCAUUCAGGACGCCUUGAAGCGUGCUAACUUGAAGCCAACUGACGUCGACGAGGUCAUCAUUGGUAACGUCAUCUCAUCCAACUUGGGUCAGGCCCCAGCUCGCCAGUGCGCCAUCGGUGCUGGUCUGCCACACAGCGUCAUCUGUACCACCAUCAACAAAGUCUGCUCAUCGGGUAUGAAGGCUGUCAUGCUCGGUGCCCAGUCCAUUCUGCUCGGUCAGUCCAAGGUGGUCGUCGCCGGAGGCUUCGAGUCCAUGUCCAACGUACCAUACUACGUCGACAAGAUGCGUUACGGUGCCAAGUACGGCAACACCACCAUGGUCGACGGUCUCGUCAAGGACGGUCUGUCCGACGCCUACGACAACUCUGCCAUGGGUGUCUGCGGAGACGACUGCUCAAAGAAGCUCAACAUCACCAGAAAGGACAACGACGAGUUCUGCGUCCAAUCCUACAACAAGGCUAUCGCCUCGGCCAAGAACGGCGAGUUUGCCGACGAGAUCGUCGAGGUUGUCAUCCCACAGAAGGGUGGCGCUGAUCUCAUCGUCAAGGAGGACGAGGAGCCAAAGAAGGUCAAGUACGACAAGAUCCCAACCCUCAAGCCCGCCUUCACCAAGGAGGGUGUGCUCACUGCCGCCAACUCAUCAAAGUUGAACGACGGUGCCGCCACCAUCAUCCUGAUGGCCGCCUCGCGCGCAAAGGAGCUCGGAAUCAAGCCAUUGGCUCAGAUCAUUGGUUUCGCUGAUGCCGAGCAGGCACCAAUCGAGUUCCCAACCGCCCCCGCCCUGGCCAUCCCCAAGGCCCUCAAGACUGCAGGUCUCACCAUGGAGGACGUCGACUUCUUUGAGAUCAACGAGGCUUUCGCCUGUGUGCCAUUGGCCAACGCCAAGCUGCUGAGCAUCAACCCAGCCAAGCUCAACGUUCUCGGAGGUGCAGUUGCCAUGGGUCACCCAAUCGGUUCAUCUGGCGCUCGUAUCAUCACUACUCUUACCAACAUCCUCCACAGAAAGGGUGGUUCAAUCGGUGUUGCCGCCAUUUGCAAUGGAGGUGGUGGUGCUUCAGCAGUUGUCAUCAAGAAGCUCUAA